AUUCUCGACAUAAGCUUCCUCUUCUCCUUCUCUCUCUACGCCUACAGUACUCAUUACUCAACUCUCUCUCUCUCUCUCUCUCUCUUUCUUUUUCUCUAGGCUUUGAAUUUGAAGAUUCAAGAAAUGGCAGAAAUACUCACUGAGGAGCAGAUUCUUGAGUUUAAAGAAUCCUUCUGUUUAUUCGACAAGGAUGGAGAUGGAUGCAUUACUGUCGAUGAAUUAGCGACGGUGAUCAAGUCUUUGGAUCAAAACCCGACUGAAGAAGAACUACGUGACAUGAUUAAUGAAGUGGAUGCUGAUGGAAAUGGCACUAUUGAAUUUGCUGAAUUCUUGAACCUGAUGGCCAAAAAAAUGAAGGAGACUGAUGCAGAGGAAGAACUUAAAGAAGCUUUCAAAGUAUUUGACAAGGAUCAGAAUGGGUAUAUAUCAGCUAAUGAGUUGAGGCAUGUGAUGAUCAAUUUAGGGGAAAAGCUAACCGAUGAAGAGGUGGAGCAGAUGAUUAAGGAGGCUGAUUUGGACGGUGACGGUCAAGUUAAUUACGAUGAAUUUGUUAAAAUGAUGAGGACUGUGGGUUAAGUAUAUUUGUAUUUGCCCAUAUUAAAAUUCAUUCAUUUUCAUUUUCUACCAAUUAGUCCUCCAAUAAGAAAUAACUAAUUAAGUGUCGUAUUAUCGUCUUCCAUUUGUUGUUGUGUUAGAUAGCUUGCCAAUGAUUUUGUCACUUACCAAAACGUAUAAUCAGUUGAAAAGUCACCAUUUGAUUUGUUCAAUUAUGAAUUGUAUUUUUUUCAUUUCUAAUCUAAAUCUUAUUCUUAUGUCA